CCAUCUCCAUUUUCAAUUCUCCAAAUGGGAAAUGGCCUUCUUCUCUCUUCAACAUUCUGCUUCUUCUUUCUACACACUUCUUCCUUCUACUAUCUCCCCUUUCUGCUCUCCUUUUCCUUUGCGCAGAAGCUUCUUUUCCCUCUCCAACGCUUCCUUUUUCUUCAUCAAAUUUCAACCCACAAAAGUUCCGCUCUUUUCAUCUCUGUUUCUUCCAUUUUCACCUUCCUUUAACGCAAAUUGUGUAAGACCCAUCUCAAAUUUUAAGGUCCUUUCUAUGGCGGAUCACUCAUCGAAUUCUGGGUCUUCCAGUAAACCCCAGAAACACACUAAUCGUCUUGCCUCUGAGCAUAGCCCUUAUCUUCUUCAGCAUGCUCAUAAUCCUGUAAACUGGUAUCCUUGGGGCGAAGAAGCAUUUCAGGAAGCUAGAACGAGGGAUGUGCCGAUUUUUUUAUCAGUUGGUUACAGCACCUGCCACUGGUGCCAUGUGAUGGAGGUGGAAUCCUUUGAAAGUGAAGAGGUUGCAAAGCUGCUAAAUGAUUGGUUUGUUAGUAUCAAGGUUGACAGGGAGGAAAGGCCGGAUGUUGACAAGGUAUACAUGACAUAUGUUCAGGCUUUAUAUGGUGGUGGAGGUUGGCCGUUGAGUGUAUUCCUUUCACCAGAUUUGAAGCCACUAAUGGGUGGAACAUACUUUCCACCUGAUGACAAGUAUGGGAGGCCUGGGUUUAAAACGGUGCUUAGGAAAGUAAAAGAAGCUUGGGAUAAUAAACGAGAUGUGCUGAUAAAAAGUGGAUCUUUUGCUAUUGAACAGUUAUCGGAAGCUUUAUUUACCAAAGCUAAUUUGGAUAAGCUGCCGGAUGGUCUACCACAAGACGCCCUGCACCUGUGUGCGGAUCAACUUAAAGGAACUUAUGAUCCAGUGAAUGGCGGGUUUGGCUCUGCUCCAAAAUUUCCGAGACCAGUUGAGAUUCAAUUAAUGCUGUAUUAUUCCAAAAAGAUGAAGGACAAUGGAAGAUUAGGUCAAGCAAAUGAAGGUUUUGAAAUGGUUUAUUUUACAUUGCAAUGUAUGGCUAAGGGAGGAAUCCAUGACCAUAUUGGAGGGGGCUUUCACAGAUAUAGCGUGGACGAGUUUUGGCAUGUUCCUCAUUUUGAGAAAAUGUUGUAUGAUCAAGGGCAGUUGGUUAAUGUUUAUCUGGACACAUUUGCAAUCACAAGAGACUCCCAGUAUUCUAGUAUUGCACGGGACAUUCUUGAUUACUUGAGGAGGGACAUGAUUGGAGGAGAAGGAGAAAUCUUUUCUGCAGAGGAUGCUGACAGUGCUGAAACGGAAGACGCUGCAAGGAAAAAGGAAGGAGCUUUCUAUGUUUGGUCCAGUGGGGAGAUUGAGGAGAUCCUUGGAGAACACUCUACCCUUUUCAAGGAACAUUACUAUAUAAAACCCACAGGGAACUGUGAUCUAUCCAGUAUGAGUGACCCACACAAUGAAUUCAGAGGCAAGAACGUGCUUAUUGAAAGGAGCAAUACUGAAGCAUUGGCCAAAAAACAAGGCAUGUUGAUUAACCAGUACCUCGAGAUUCUAGGACAAUGUAGGAAAACAAUUUUUGAUGUGAGAUCUAAGCGACCACGACCACAUCUCGAUGACAAGGUUAUAGUGUCUUGGAAUGGACUUGUCAUUUCAUCCUUUGCGAAAGCUUCGAAAAUUCUCAAGGCUGAACCCAAUGGGCUCAGACACUACUUUCCAGUUGCUGGAAGUGAUCCAAGCGAAUACAUUGAAGUGGCUGAAAAGGCAGCCUCUUUUAUCAAGAAGCAUUUGUACGACGAAGAAUCAAAAAGGCUACGACAUAGUUUCCGGAAUGGACCAUCUAAAGCCCCUGGUUUUCUAGAUGACUAUGCCUUUCUUAUAUCAGGACUGCUGGAUGUUUACGAGUGUGGUGGUAGGACCAAAUGGCUUGAAUGGGCAGCCGAGUUGCAACAUACCCAGGAUGAGUUAUUCAUGGACAAGGAAGGUGGAGGGUAUUUCAAUACCCCUGGGGAAGACCCUUCCGUUCUUCUCCGCGUAAAAGAAGAUCACGACGGUGCUGAGCCUUCUGGCAACUCAGUUGCAGCUAUCAACCUUUUCAGAUUGGCCUCGUUUUUCGGUGAAGAUCAAUUUGAUUGCUACAAGAAGAAUGCUGAUCUGCUUCUGGCGACUUUCGAAAAGAGAUUGAAAGAUAUGCCAAUGGCAGUGCCUUUAAUGUGCUGUGCAGCCGACAUGCUUGCUGUUCCUUCCAGAAAACAGGUCGUUUUAGUUGGACGAAGAUCUUUGGCUCAGUUCGAUAGCAUGUUGGUCGCUGUUCAUGCAGCCUACGAUCCUAACAAAACAGUGAUCCACAUCGACCCAAGUGAUACAGAAGAGAUGACUUUCUGGGAGUUGAAUAACAAGAAGAUUGCAAGUAUGGCAAAAGGUAGCUUCACCAAGGAUAAAGUCGUCGGUUUAAUUUGCCAAAAUUUCUCCUGUAAGCCUCCGGUAUAUGAUCCCGACUCUCUUCAAGAUCUUCUUGCUAAGCAAAAAUAAAAUGUGCAUAGAGGCAUAUGAUGGGUGAGUAACCAUCUGGUUCUCGUGAGUCGGUUGUGUAUAACUGUAUAUAAGCUGUUACCCAAGGCGAAAAUAACGGUGUAUUCUUAGAAUUGUUUGCGACAGGGCGUAAAGGUUGGUACGACGUGAUCCGUAAAGUCGAACAUCCAAAAGAUAAGUUGCUGCAAUUUUGUUGUGUUUAGCUGAAUUGCUUAUUAUGUAGAUGAGUUGGAUGUGUUAUGUGUAUAAUUUUAUUCAAUCCGAAAAAUGUGGAUUUGAAAAUCUUCGUAUCGGUUUUAAGUUUGUGUUAUUGUGUGCGUCCGAUUGAGGUAUGAGCUAUUGAUGAAAUCUUGGUUCAA